AUGCCUCCAUUAUUUCAACCAUCAGUGCCUUCUCUGCCGCCCGGCAUUAGCUUCUCUGGCAAAACCGCCAUUGUGACGGGUGCCACUGCAGGUAUCGGACUCGAAAUCUGUCGUCAGCUGCUCACCCUUGGAGUCUCCAAUCUCAUCAUGGCGGUACGCAACUUGCCAAAGGGCGAGACAGUCCGAGAAACUCUCGUCUCCGAACCCGCUGUCAAGACUGCCAACCCUAAAGCCACGGUCAAAGUCAUGAAGCUCGACACAGAGAUCUACGAAAGUGUGCAGAGCUUCGUCUCUGCGUUCAACGCUGAGUUUCAAGACCUACAUCUGCUCAUCGCCAAUGCCGGGGUGGGUACAGCAGCGAAGGAGCUUGCGAGUUCCGGACACGAGAAGGACAUCCAAGUCAACUAUCUCUCCAACGUGCUCCUCACCCUCGCUUUCCUCCCCACCCUCGAAACCACGGCCACCAAGACUGGGACACCAACAAGAGUUACCUGGACCGGCAGCCGAAUGCACAUCUAUUCCAGCCUCAGCGGGAAGCAUCCACUGAAGAAGGGGGACACAUCAAUACUGAAGCACUUCAACACCGCCGACCCCAUGUCCAUGUUCGUGCGGUACGCAGACAGCAAGCUCCUCGCCGUGCUCUUCCAGCUCGAGCUCGCCAGGCACUACAGCCCGGACAAAGUCGACACAGGCAUGACUGACGUGCUGCCCAUCUACAUCCGCAUCCCAGUGAAUGCGAUAAAGGCUAUUCGUGCACGGUCACCGAAAAAGGCGGGAUGGAUCGCACUGAAUGCGGCUGUGGUGGCUGGCUCGGAGACACAUGGGAAACUCUUGGGGGAUAUGGUGGUGCAAGAGCCGUGGGAAUUUAUUAAGAGUCAGGAGGGACAGCGGGUGCAGAAGAUGCUGUGGAACGAGAGUGUUGACGAGAUAGGUGGGUUGGUGAAGCUUCCUGCUUGGAUGGGGAAGUUGGCGUAG